GUAAGAUAAAUGACGAAGGUAAGCUAAGUUGGGUGCUUUCACAGAGAACAAGACCAACCAGAAUUGGCCACAGAAGUGAAAGGUGAAGGUGCAAAUACUGUUGUUUACUGAAGCCUUUGUCUCCGAUGGCACUCCACACCAAACUCUUUCUCUCCCUUUUUCUUCUCUCUUUUUGUCUUGCCACCCUCAUCACCUCCUCUCAAGGUGAUUACAGGUUUUGGCAACAACAGUUCCCUUUCAUCCGACGAGCGAGCUCCUUCUCCUCCGUAUCAUCGUCAAAGUCAACGCGAUCCAACGGCGGAGAUAAGAAGUUUGACUACAUCGUAGUGGGAGGUGGCACCGCAGGGUGUCCAUUGGCAGCUACACUGUCUAGAAACUACAGUGUGUUAUUACUAGAAAGGGGUGGUGUCCCUUUUGCCAACAUAAAUGUGUCUUUGUUGUCAAAUUUCCAUCUUACCCUUGUGGACACCUCACCUGCUUCUGCUUCUCAGUUUUUUGUAUCCACCGAUGGGGUUUUUAAUGCGAGGGCUAGAGUGUUGGGUGGUGGUACUUCCAUCAAUGCAGGAUUUUACACUCGAGCAAGCACAAGUUAUGUUAAACGGGUAGGAUGGGAUGCAAAGUUGGUAAACGAAUCAUACCCAUGGGUCGAAAAACAAAUAGUCCAUGAACCCGUAUUCGAACCAUGGCAAAGAGCGGUUCGAGACGGGCUUCUAGAAGUCGGAAUUUCACCCAACAAUGGAUUCACCUACGACCACUUGUACGGCACAAAAGUCGGCGGGACAAUUUUCGACAAAUAUGGCCGCCGGCACACCGCAGCAGAGCUUCUAGCCUCCGGAAAUUCACAGAACCUCCAUGUUUUGAUUCAUGCCCGAGUUCAAAAGAUCAUUUUUGACACAACUGGGAAAAAACCGAGGGCAAUUGGGGUAAUUUUCAAAGACGAAAAUGGUGUUAACCAUGAAGCUUUCAUAUCGAGGAGGCGAAAGAGCGAGAUUAUUGUAACUUGUGGGGCGAUUGGGAGUCCGCAGAUGUUACUGCUUAGUGGAAUAGGACCGAAGGAAGAUCUCAAGAAGUUGAACAUUUCGGUGGUGCAGGAUAACAAAUUUGUAGGGAAACACAUUUCCGAUAACCCGUUGAACACCAUUUUUGUCCCGUUGAAUAGGCCUGUCAAGCAGUCGCUGAUUGAAACGGUUGGGAUCACGAAAAUGGGUAUUUACAUUGAAGCAAGCAGCGGGUAUAGUCAGUCUCCUGAUAGCAUUCACUGCCACCAUGGCGUCGCCUCAGCGGAGAUCGGGCAACUUUCAACGAUUCCUCCAAAAAGACGAACACAAGAAGCCAUUGAAGCUUUCAAACAAAACAAAAAAGAUCUCCCACACGAAGCAUUUCACGGGGGUUUCAUUUUAGCAAAACUUGCAUACCCAAAGUCGAAAGGGCAUUUGAGGUUGAACAACACAAAUCCGGAUGACAAUCCAAUCGUUACAUUUAACUACUUUAGCCACCCAAAAGACCUCCAAAAGUGCAUGAAAGGGAUCAAGAUCGUGGAAAAACUCGUGAGGUCCAAACAUUUCCUUAAUUACACCAAAUGUGAUAAAGGAACCUUAGACAAAUUGCUAAACAUGAGUGUCACUGCAAACGUGAACAUGAUUCCAAAACACACAAAUGACGCAAAGUCGCUUAAACAAUUUUGUAAAGAUACUGUGAUCACCAUCUGGCACUACCAUGGUGGGUGCCAUGUGGGCCAGGUGGUUAACAAGGACUACAAGGUCCGUGGGGUCCACAGACUUCGCGUUAUUGAUGGGUCAACUUUUCGUGAAUCCCCGGGCACCAAUCCGCAAGCUACUGUUAUGAUGUUGGGCAGGUACAUGGGAGUGAAGAUUUUAAGAGACAGAUUAGAGAGAUCCGUAGGAAUAUGAAGUGAUAGGGAUGCAUAAGCUUACUUCCCGUGUGUAUCAUUAUUUAAUUUUUGUCUAAAAUUUAAUCAGCAACCACUAGUAUGUAGAAUUUUUGGCAACAAAAGAAAGCAAAAAUCUUGUGAUUUUUGCGUUCUUUUUUAUUUGUUUGUUUAUAAGUACUUUCUUGUAAUGGUAAUGCAUGGCGUUUGAUGUUUA